AUGAUGAAUAAUGAAGCCCCACAUCAUUCAAAUAUUUCAAGCCGAAGAUCCAGUUGGACCCAAGAGGAUGAUGAAUUAUUCGAACAAUUAAUACAGGAUUUGACUAUUGGAGAUUUAGAAAAUGAUGAAAAUCAACAAAAGGGUAAUCAAUCACUAUCGGGAGUUGAUUUUGGAAAAAUUAGAGAGGAAUUAAAUUCAAAAUUCCUCGAAGAAUUAUCAAACAAGGGCAAUGUUGCUGAACAAAAUCAGCCAUUACAAAAAGAAGAAUUGGUAUCGGAAAAGAUUAAUGAUACGUUAACAAAUCAAAAUAAUAACUCAUCACUUGUAAACUUAGAAAAUAAUGAAGAAAAAAUAGAAAAGAAGGAGGGUAUAAUUUAUGAUUCCUUUAGAGAGUGGUUGGAGGCUAAUAGAAAAAUAAUUGAUUUAGAAAAGGAAGAGGAUGAAUUAGUUUUACUUGAGCUUUUUAUUGCUCACAAAGAAAGAGAAUUGCUAAAGAAGAUUGUAUCAUUUUCGGAUUGUGAUGGAUCUAAAGAGAAAAAAUUGUUUUUUAGAAAGAAUGAUGCAGCAUCUAUCAACAAGAUUCAAAACAAGGAAAGUUUAGUUUCUGAAUUUUCCAAUGAUUCCUAUUUACUCAACAACAAUGGAGACUCUUCAGAUGAGGAAGAUAAUUCCAAAUCUUUCAACCCCUACAUAAAAGAUGUAUUGAUUUGCAAUUACACAUCUGGCACCACCAAUGGAACUACUGCUUCAACAGACAAGCAAAAAAUAAUAACUAAAUCUCAUAGAGUGUACUCUACCUCAAAACAUAUAGAUAAGUAUCAUGAGGGAACUAAUUUUUAUGAACACUUGAAAGAUAUAAUAGUUGGUGGGGACUUGGAAAAUGGAGGCUCUUUAAGGGCUGUUUCCCAAAUAUCCAAUACAAAACAAAAAAUAGAGACAUUCUUUGGUAUUGACAUGUCAGAAGAGAGUUGGAUCCAUUUUAAAAAUUACAUUAGGAAAAUCAUUCUUGAUAAGAAUAAUCUUGAGCUCAAAACAGAUACUGGAAAAAAUCUUACAGAUAGCUCUGAAGCGGAUUAUUUGAAAGAAUUGUACCCAAUAAGUAAUGAAAAGAACUCUGCGAAAGUUAGAUGGGCAGAAGGCAACAAGUCAAACAUUUCUAAUACCAACAUUCCAGGAAACAAGAAGAGAAAUGCUCUUGCCAAACUAAAGGCUUUAAAGCUAUUAUAUGGAACUACAGGUUAUGCGGAAAGCUUACUAGUUGACCAUUUUUCUCCUAUUUACCUGCUAGAGUCUGGUCUCUUUAUGGAUGCAACUCUAGAGGAAAGAAAAACAGCAAUAGAAAACGAAAUGAGGAAUCUCGAAAUCAAACUUGUUAAUGCCACCAAUAAGGAGGAGUUCAAGUGGAUAGAAAAUCUUGUCAACUAUUUGAAAGAUUCUUCCAAAAAAAUGGAACCCCAAAACAUAUUAGAAGAUCUGAGUGAAGAUCAGUGGAAAGAAUUAGAAGAAUUAGUUGGGGAUAUUGGGAAAAGAUUAGAGGUGUAUAAUACUCACUCAGAGACUCCAAGAGUACUUGAAAUACCAAGUGAUCAGUUCAAUAUACCUAAACCUCAGCUUGUUGAAGAGCCUGUUUCAAAAGAUAUCCUCUUAGAGAAUACAUAUGAAAAUGCAAACAUUACUGUAAAUUCUUGGAAGAAUGGUUUAUCUAAUACGUUAGAUUUUGGAAAUAAUAAGAACGCUUAUGAAGAAAUGAAAGAUGUCAAAAAGCAGAUUGAAGAAAAGGGAUUUUCUGUGAAAAAUAGUACUCCCAAAAUUGAAAAUCGAGAAUUAUCUUCAUUGGGAGCUCUCCAAAAAGUAACCAAGUCUGAUACCAAGUGGAGUAAUUUGGACGAAUUAACAAGUCUUCCAAUCACAAGAUUAGACUCUUCUUUAUUCAAGCUGAAAUUACCUAUUUUCGCACCACUUACGGAUAAGUAUAAGCACUUGAAGAAUGGCAUUCUAAAGUCGACUAUUGGAUUUAAAUUUUUUGGUGUGUCCCCAAGUGAUGGAAACAAAUAUGAUUGGACCCUUGGUACCAAACUAAACGAAGAUGAGAAUGCAGAAGUUUCUCCCUACUCUUUCAAACUUGGUGAAUUAUAUUCUUAUCUUGUAGAGAAGAGUCAUAUUUCCACCAAAUAUGCACUAAUGGAAACGCGCAAAAUAGCAAACCUAUUUUUCAAGACUAAUUCCAGCACCUCAACUGAAAAAUCUCCUAAAUCCUUCUCGAAAAAAGACCACAAACAAUAUUACCAUGAAUUAGUUAGGGAGGAUUCUAAACAUUCAGCACUGGAAGAAAAUACAUUCAAUAAUAGUUUUUCAUUUAUUAAUGAAGGGAAAAAAUCCCUUCAACAGAAAUCAGAGCAAAAUCAGAAGGAAAAUACUUUGAUUCAGACACAUGUGAGUGAAAAUAUUAUGGAGAAUAACAAUUCUACAACAUCAACUCAUUACCUCUCCAAUACUUUUUCCGUUGAUGAGAAUGUUUGGAAAGAGGGAGAGUUAAUUCAACUCUCUAAAGGAUUGGAUGUUGCGAAGGAGAUUAACUCUAUAAGAAAUGAUUGCCUAAACCAGUCAUUUAAUGAAUUCUCUAAACUUGCCAAUAUGCCUGAUAAUUUUAAUGCUAACAAGUUGUUUUAUCCAACAAUGAAAACCAUAGAGAUUCAAAAAAACAUACUACCUAGAGUUAGUGAAAUACAAGAGCAACGCUUUGAUAAAAUAUCCUUACUUCAUCUAGAACAGACAGUUGUACAAAUAGAAAGUAAUAUUGCCACCAAAUCUCUGUCAGGCAUCGAGCCAAGUGAAGAAGAGAAAAAGUCUCUUCAAACUUUAAAGCAGAAACUGGAAGAGGAGAGAAAGCGCCUCGAAAAUGUAAUUUAUACCGACACAAUAUCACCACUCGAACAAUCUAAAUUGGAAAGUUUAGGAAUUUUUCAACAAUCUGUCAAAUUGCUCAAUAUACCAGCAAAACAAAACAAGGAGAAUACCCAAGAUUUGCUAGAAUUGGAAAGAGAUUUAAUCAUUGACAGAGAGUUCAGAAUACUUGAUCAAUUACUCGACCAAAUGAAUAGGGAACAAAGGAGAGAAGUUCUUUCCUACAAGCCAAAUGGUACUGAAAAUUCUAUCAUACAAUUGCACCAGGAUGCUAUCAAAAACUAUUCAAAACUAAGGUCCUACUAUAAUCAAAUGGUAAGAAAGGAUUCAUCAAUGAAGGAGUGGCAAUCAUUGACUCUAAAAGAAAAAAUAUCAUUCGAGAAGGAGUUUAGAAAACAAUCCAAAAUCGAAUCGUAUGAAAACGUUGUCAACUCUGUGUUAAGAAUGAUGCAAAGUGCCCAGUUCGCAGAAACCUUCUCUUUCAUCUCUACAGCCCUUUCCAAAAAGUCAAUAGAAUCAAAAAAUUACAACACUGAGCUAGCUAAACUUUUAUUGGAAUCUUACCAAAAAGAAAACAAUCAAAUUCGAGUUAUAACAAGAGCAUUCAUUCAAAAGAAUGGAAUUGAUCAAAGAUACAAGACCAAACUCCUAUCAAAGCAUAGAAAGCUUGAUGCUAAUGAAAAAAAACUUAGAGAGGUAUAUAAUUACGAAAACUAUACUCAAUCCAUUAUGGUAAAUCAACUAGACAACUCGGAUCCAGCUCUACAGGAUAAACUGCUACAUGAUAUUUUUAAGAAUGAGCUCACAAAAGAUGAAGUCUAUUCAAUAGUAUCUCACCAACAUGAUAUUCAAAAAUUAUUCAAGAAGGAGAGGUUGGCUAUAGUGAAAAAAUUCUCCAAAAAAUCAGCAGACAAUACUAAUAAUAUUAUUACUGUGGAGGAGAGUAAGGAAGAUCCGUUGUUUGGAAUUAUACAAAAAUCUCCAUUAGAUUACUUUACCUUUGGCCAAUUAACAUAUUUCCAAAGACUAUUCGAAGAAUCAAUGACUAAAAGGCUUAAAGAAUGGAGAGAAAAGUCAGAGCAAUCAGCUACAUUACUAGUCUCACCUCACUACUUGAAGGACGAUAAUGCCUUACAACUUGAUACAACAGCAAAUGAAAAGGGAGAGUAUGAAAAGUUGACAUUGAAAGUAUUCGAUAUCAAUCGAUCACAGUUAGAAUCCGACAAUAUGGUUAACCAUCCUUCUACUCCAGUGUUUCCUGAAGUACCAUGGAACGGAAGUUUCAAAGAUUUACAAUUACUCUACCUCAAGAUGCAACUCGAUAGAUCAAAUAAUCCUCACUAUACCAGGUCUGUUUUAGAGUUCAAUAAUAGUCCUGAGAGAUUUCUACAAAGAAGUUUCUGGAAAGGUGUAUGGAUGCUUCCGGAAUCACUCUCUAAUUUUGUCUAUACUUCUGAUCCUUUUCCUAUCAUUAAGAUGUUACCUCCAAGUCAACCAAAACAAGUUGAAAAGAAACAUCCACCGGUUUUUACUCCAAGUCAACCUCCUCCAAUCGUUACUCCAAUUAUUCCAACGAUUCCUAUCCCAACUGUUCAAACUCCUCCUCCCCCUAUAACACAAAAUAUCCUACCUCCACAAAUGCCAUCCAUUCCUAGGAUUCAAAUACCAAUUCAAAGACCCACCGUUCAACCACCAACACUUCCAAUCAUUCAACCACCAUCUCAACCUUCUAUCAUUCCUCAACGUUCACCAGUUCUUGUAAAUGGCACCCCCAUCUAUCCAAGAUACUUGUUGGAAAAUCUUAAUAGAAGACUAUUCCAAUAA